CGAGUCAUGUACAGGAUAUACGUACAUGUCUAGACUAAGGCAUCAGUAAGGAAUUAGCCUAUAUAAAGUACAGUAAUCGGUAUGCUCUUUCACGGGGUCCUCAAAGGCAAGCACCAGGCCAGUCCACGACGGCACGAAACCCUUCUUUGGCAAUCUACAGCGAGAAAACCAACACCUCACAUUUUCACCUCCAUCAUCAUUAGAAUGCCAACGCUUCCCGCCCUUGCCCUCACCCUCGCCUACACGGUAUCCAGCUACCUAGCCCUCCGAUGCCUCCAAUCACCUGCACCCGAACCCGAACCUUCCGAGAACGACACAUCCAAAGACCGCGUCGCCACCGUCAUCGACCCCCUCUUCCUCCUCAUGAAGCCCGUCAUCCCACUGAGCUUCCUCUACCUAGCGCUGCUAACCCUCCUGCACGACGACCCGCCAACCUCGCCGUGGAUGACCGCCGUCUGCCCAUCCCCAACCAACCCACCUACCGAGUCCCUCACCUGGACGCCGUCCACAGCCACAAGUCUGCUCCUGUUCUACAUCGGCGCAUGGACACGACUGGCCGCCUACCGCGCCCUGGGCGGGGACUUCACCUUCCACCUCGCCAAGCCGACCGAGGGACUGGUGACCGACGGGGUGUACCGGUACGUCCAGCAUCCCAGCUACACGGGCGGGUUGCUCAUGGUCGUGGGGUAUGUGCGGCUGGCGGUGGAGGAGUUUGUCCCGGCGAUAGGGGCAUGCUGGUCGGUGUCCGAGACGUCCAGUCUGGGUAAUCUCGUGUUUCAUGCCUGGGGCCGGGUCGUGCUGCUGCUGCUGGCGACGGGGGUCUUUCUGGGGAUCACCUAUUUCAGGUUCCAGGAUGAGGAGAGGAUGCUGAACCGGGACUUUGGGGUCGAGUGGGAGCGGUGGCAUCGUCGGACGGCUCGCUUGAUUCCGUUUGUGUGGUGAGGAAGGGUGGAUCUGAAGGUUGGGCUGGGUCGAAUGCGCUACUGUAGAUGUGUGAGUAGUUCCUGUUCUUCUCAAGUCUUGAUUUGGGGUUUGGUAGACAGCGUUUUCUUUCUUUUUCUUUGGAUUGGACUUAAACAUUCACUACCAGUCAUCGGGCUCGUAGGCAGGCUCCUCAUCACGCUCGACGUCACGCUCGAUGUAUACUUCGCGCUCGUGGUAAAUCUCACGCUGGGGGGAGCCUUCGCGCUCU